UAUUGCCAGUAUUUCCUCCAGCACCCCUCCCCGUAUCUAUAGCAACUGCAGUACACAGACUUCCUUAAGCGCCUGAUAUGGCAGCAUGUUUGCAGAGUGGCAGCGCAGAGCUUCACAGAGGCGCAUUUCGUUUCGGUUACUCAACGAUCAGGAACUCUUCCCUCCCGACCAUGCUCCAGCCAAGAUCGCAAUCCAGCCAGAAGCCAGCACAGAAAUCCCCACCCUAGGACCAGGCUGUUACCCGAGUCAGGAGGAAAUGUGCCUCAGAUACUCUUUUGGAAUAAGGCCACUGAGUGUGAAAGGCUACGUGAUAGGAGCCAGAACAGCACGGAGAUUCAUACCAGAGCCACGGACUGUGACUCCUGCACCAGGAACAUACCAGCCAUUCUGGACUACAGAGAGAAAACACCAGCCUAACUAUGCUCCAUUUUUAUCUAAGACAACACGAUUUCCUGACAAGCCUCAGAAUAAAGAAUUUUUCCCUGGACCUGGAACUUACAAUGCAGACAAGCGAUUACACAAAAACAUCACUUGGCCAAUGAAGUUUGGAGCUCCAGAUUGGUCAUUAGUGCCAAUGCCAUCAAGGAGGAUGCUAAGAACAGAGGUUCAGAAGCUGAUUGCGGACAGAGAAUUCAUAAAGCAUCGGAACCGUGUGGCCUACCUGAGUUUAUAUGAGAGCUGAGGCACACAUCACGUCAGCCCCAUGCAGCAGAGCCUGCCCGUGGACACGUCUGCCUGCAAUAUUCUGCCUCCUCAAAUAAAACCUGUUCAAAGCAGCA